UGGUUGGAACAAACGCCGACCACUUCCUCCCCUCUCUCCUCUCCCCAACGAACCAACAGCCAAGCCCGAGAAGCACCCAACCCGAGCGACCCAGCGAGCCCGAGGGAAGGGGGAGCCCUAGCCGGCGCCGGCGGCGGCCAUGGGCGGCGCCACACCGCCGAUGUGGGCCGGGCUCGUCCUGCUUGCCUUCUUGGCCGCAUCGGGGGCAUCGGCGCCGCUGCCGAGGUUCGCGGAGGCCCCCGAGUACCGCAACGGGGACGGGUGCCCGGCCGCCGUCGCGGGCGCCGGGGUCUGCGACCCGGGCCUCGUCCACAUCGCCAUGACGCUCGACGCGCACUACCUCCGGGGCUCCAUGGCCGCCAUAUACUCCCUCCUCAAGCACGCCUCCUGCCCCGAAUCCCUCUUCUUCCACUUCCUCGCCGCCGCCGACGCCCCUUCCACCGCCUCCCUCCGCACCGCGCUCGCCGCCUCCUUCCCCUCCCUCCGCUUCGAGAUCUACCCGUUCCGCCCCGACACCGUCACCAACCUCAUCUCCGCGUCCGUGCGCGCGGCCCUCGAGGCGCCGCUCAACUACGCCAGAAACCACCUCGCCGACCUGCUCCCCAAGUGCGUGCCGCGGGCCAUCUACCUCGACUCGGACGUGCUGGCGGUCGACGACGUGCGGCGCCUCUGGGAGACGCGCCUCCCCGCCGCCGCCGUCGUCGCCGCGCCCGAGUACUGCCACGCCAACUUCUCCCGCUACUUCACCGACGCCUUCUGGUCCGACCCGGGCCUCGGCGCGCGCGUCUUCGCCGGCCGCCGCCGCGCGCCCUGCUACUUCAACACGGGCGUCAUGGUCAUCGACCUCCGCCGCUGGCGCUCGGGGAACUACCGCCACCGCAUCGAGCAGUGGAUGGAGCUGCAGAAGGAGAGGCGCAUCUACGAGCUCGGGUCGCUGCCCCCGUUCUUGCUUGUAUUCGCCGGGGAGGUCGAGGCCGUCGACCACCGCUGGAACCAGCACGGUCUGGGCGGCGACAACGUGCUCGGUAGCUGCCGCCCGCUCCACAAGGGCCCGGUCAGCCUCAUGCACUGGUCCGGGAAGGGCAAGCCGUGGGACCGCCUCGAUGCCGGCAGGCCGUGCCCGCUCGACCACACCUGGAAGUCGUACGACCUCUAUGUCGACGACUCAUCCUCGGCAUCAGCGCCGUCCCUCACCUCAUUGUCAUCAUCGGCAUUGCCCGCAGCAGUCUUCUCCUGGUAGUAGAAACAUACAUCGGCACACACACUACAAUUCUUUUCAUUUGGGGGCGCCUGAGUUCGGCGGUGGCAGCGCGAUCGCCACCGCCACCACAGCUGCCACCGGAAGCCGGCUGCCGCCUUCGGCUGUACAGCAAAGGAGAGGGGCGGUA